GUUCGUAUCCCCGGGUUGCAGCUUCCCCGCCGAUGCCCGUGGCAGGUGCUUCAUUAGUCCGGAUGGCCUUCCUCAUAAAGGCGAUGCACACUCAUAAUAUGUACGAACGUGUUAACAGAUAACGCGUGACAGGCUAGACGAGGUUACCGGUACUCAAGCGGCACGUAAUGCGUAGAAACUGCACGUCUGGUGGUCGUCCUACAUCGCAAUAAUUUUUUAUUGCUCCUCGAGCUUACAAGUAAACCAUUUUGAGUCGGAACUCCUGCUCAGCUCUCGCUCGCACGCCCGGCAACCCAACAAUACGCUCCGGCGGAAACCUUGGUGAGGACAUCGCACUAAGUCCGACUUACGAAAAAAUGUCUUCCUGGGCGGAUCACCUUUCACCUCACCUGGAAAAGCCACUUGGCGUUAUAUCUGUCAGGCAUGCGAUGUAAACGGGACGCCCCCUGAGUGCUAUCGCAUACCAUACUGCAGGUAUUUAUAUUACAACCUCAAAACAGCGCAUACAGGCGGCAGCGACGUUGCAACCGCUUGCUUUAGAGGUCGUGAGUCCUACACGCUGCGGGCAAUGACGUGCGACGUUGUUUCCUCGCUUCCCAACGACAUCUUAUUCAAGUGCAAGCCAUCCUUUAGUUACAGCCGUUAUGCUUUUCCCAGUAACGACGCAAAGCGCCGGCGUCUUAACCGCCAUUGCGCUACCAGCUUCGCUGCCGCUACCUCCUCCCACGCCGCUCGCGCGGACGAUGAUUUGCAAAGCACGAGCUGCAGCCAAGAACACUCGCCAGCGUCACCUUCACCUGCACUAUUCUCCUGCUCCGCUGCCAUCUCAGAACGCCAACACAUGGCCAUCAGCGGCAACCUUGUACGGCAGGGAGAGGGGGUCAUCAUUAGCCUAGCCACUGCUGCGCUUCCUCGUCUUACCGCAAUCAGCCUAAGCAGCAAUGCAGCUAGCAGCGGUGCCACCAAUGCACCACGGCUUAUACCGCUGGAUGCAGCUGCAAACAAGCACGCAAGAGGAAACCCCGGUGUGGAAGCUGGCCUAGGGGCCCCGGCGGCAUCUGUAGCACCACCUGAGUCCCUAGCAGGUCCCGUGGUAGUGAAGGCAGCCUCUGAGCCUUCCCCUGCAGUAGCAACUGCAGUUAAGCAGCAUUACCACCACCACCAACACCACCACCAACACCACCAGCAGCUAAGCAGCACACCCGUUGCUAGCGCCAUGCCUGAUGUUGCCGGAACCGGUGCCGAUGCUAUCGCUGCCAAGCGUUCUAAAUGUAGCGCCGCUGCUGGUUCCUCCACCACUGAUGCUGCUGCUGACAGUGCUGCUGCGGCGGGGGCGGGGGCUGUUCAGCAGACCGGAACGGUCCGAGUGGUGCUGCGGCUGUGGCCCCUGGCCCGAGGGGGGAAGCAGCAGCCGCCGGUAAUAACCAGCGGUGCGGGUUCUGGCGGCAGCAGCAGCAGCAGCAGCGGGUGCGGCAGCAGUGGUGGCGGCGGGGCGGGAGGUGAGGAGGUGCUGGGGUGCAGCGGGCGAGGAGGCCAAUGCCACUGCCCUGCUGCAGCAGCCGGCAGGGACAGCGGCGGCGACAGCAGUUGGCUGCCCGCCCACCAGCCCGCCCCCCAGCCCGCACUCGCCUACCUUGACGGCCUGCUGCGGGCAGCGGCGGCGGCGGCAGCAGCAGCGGCAGCGGCUAUAGCAGCCACCACCGCUGUGGGGGGACCUGCUGCGACCCCUGCCGCGGCUGCUGCUGCUGCUGGUGCUGGUGCUGCUGUUGUGGAGCCUGCAGCCGUACCCGGGGUGGACCCGGACGCGUUUUUUGAGCCGGACGGGACACUACUGCAAGGCGCAGUACUUCAGGCGGCGUGCAACCUCAUCCGCCUGACCCAGGUGCGGGGCGGGCUCACCGUCACCCUGCCCUGGAUGUACGGCACCUCCUCCACCUCCGCCCCCGCCACCAGAAGCGGGUACUCCACCACUAUCACCACCGGAGCCUACCUGCCUUCAACCACCACCACCACCUCGUCAGAAACAACAACGCGCAGUCACCACUCUUCCUCAAAGUCCGCAGCUCCAACACCCGUUCCCGGCACCAGGGGCAUUGCCGUACCACUGGCCGCCGCCCUGCGGUUGCUAGCGUCGUACGCGGGGGCUGCUAGGGCGCUGCAGCGGGCGGAAAGCAGUACGAGGCGGUGCUGUACGGCAGGGGCGAGGGAGGGGACGACGCCCUUCCAUGUAUGCGAGGAGGGACACUGCGAUGGCAGUGGCGGCAGCAGCGGAAAGCGAGGGGCAGCAGCAGCAGCCGAAUCUGGUUUAGCGGGCUGCUGCUCGGGUGUUUGGAUACACUCAGGGGCUUGUUGUGCUGAAGUGAGGGAAGCCGAAGUAGCGGCGGUGGUAGCAGCAGCAGGAGCGAAGGCAGUGGUGGCGGCGGUGGGUGCUGCUGCUGCCGCUCAUGCUGCCGGGGAGGGUUCCUGCGCCGGCUGCAGCUGCGGCAGCUGUCAGCGGCAGCAGUACCGUGCGCUGUGGCCGCUGAUGCGCCGCGGCUUGCAGUGCGCGGAGGGGCUGAUGGAGGAGGUGAAGCGGGCCCUACUUGCCCCGGGCAGUGCCAGCGGUCUUGGGGGUGUGCCGUAAGCGGCCAUAGCUUGGCGGUCUAGCGUACGGGGCUGGAGGGCAGCAGGGGAGGUACGGCACGGGUGAGCGCGUGUCCCCGGAUUGACACAGAUUGGGCGACUUUGUGGGUCCUUCUAGGAGGCGGAAGUUGUCGGUGACAGGGACGGCCUGUGCGACUUAAGAGUGGUUUUGGGCACAGAGCGGGACCGCCGCAAUCUUGGUUCCUGUUGUACUUCUGUAACCUUUAUUGCGAUCAAGAUGUCUUACGGGCGGUGUGUGCGCGUGUGGGUGCCAGUGACCAUUGUACAUAUGCGUGUGCCUGUGUUUCUGCUCUCGGCCCCUGUUGCAAGACUGUAGAGGGCGCUUGCAUUGCAUUGCAUUGCAUUGCAUUCCUAAUAACAUGUAUUUGCCGGUUUGAUACAUCGGUUAUUCCUUGAAGUAGGGAGACAGAUAAUGCGCGGGGUGAGGCAUCACGUGCUGGGUGGGUGAGGGUGAGGGGUGAUAGGAACUGGCAUGGCAGGGCCAGCAUUGAGGGGAGGUGCAUGAAGGGGUUCGGCCCAGCCCUGCGACGUCGGCACGCACACACAGACCGCUCGGCUUUAUAGCUGGCACGGUUUCACUGACGACGCCCCGCGUAUUGGCAAGCGCGUUGAGGCGCACGGAAGGGUCCGGGGCACAGCACGGUGGGGCUGGUGUGUGUGUUAAAAUAACUGGCCGCGAGGCGAAACGUACUGUGAUUGCCGUAUUGGUGUGUGUGUGUGUGUGUCACACCGCCGGGACUGCCGUACUGCUCCCUGUCCGGGGGAGUCCUGCUGUCCGGGGGAGUCCGCCCCUCACCUCCUCACCAGGGUCUGAGGCACCUGUGACCGCCCCCUUCUUGCGCAGUGUUGGGUUGCUUGCACCGGUACUCGGCAUGUGCGGAGCGGUUUUGAGAUGCUGUUCCGGCGGGGUAAAGGUGGUGAGGGUGUUGCACCUGCAUCCCCUGCUGCUCAAGGGAAUGGGGGGGACAGGGCUGGGGAGAGACGCACGCGUUUUGUAACGGGAGCGUGUCAGCCGUGCUUCUUGCCUGCUGGAAUUGCGCGUGACGUGGGAUGGCAUAGCGCCGCACGGAGCGGGCUGUGUUGAAUGUUGUGCAUGCAGCAGCGCGAUGAUGCGGCCCAUGGGUCGCUCACCUGCAGCUACUACUCCUUUGUACCUUGGAGGCCUACACGCCUUACCUUGUAGCGCUUGCUGUUAACGUAGAUCUUGCGUCCCCUAAUAAACGGCAGCACACAAGUCGUGUUUAGGUUUUGAGGUAUGCAUGCGCGCUUUGUCGUUCAAUCUCACACCCCGAGCCACCAGUUCCUACCUCCCCCGUCCGAGGUAGGUAGUUUCGCCGUCGGGCCGCAUGAGCGCCACGCUAUCAUUCGGCAGCCCUCUCUCUUAAACACUGGCUUAUUAGUAACUAUAGGCGUAGAAGCUUGGGCGACAACGUAC